CUCUUUAAUUAAUUCUUCUUGCUUAAAAAUCAAUUUAACGUUCUGGAAUCAUUAAUUUCAGAUAGCGAAAUUCUCUGACUCAUUGGGAAUGUAGUGCAGGUGCUCUCGUCGACGGUCGAGAUUCUGCUUUUGAAGAAAGCAAGAGCAAGAGAUGCAAAUUAUCGACAUACUGAACAGAGGUGACUACGACACCGACGAUGAGUACGACGGUGAAAUGACCAGAAAGCGAGAGCAUGUUGUGUGUUUUUUGCCAACUGGAAUUGUCUCACGUUGGUUAUCUUUACUCAAGCGAGAGCCCAAGGGGCCUAAUAGCGGGUCCAAGCGCAGGUUUCCGUCGUCGAAGGCUGAAGAAAAGAACAGAGAAAUUGAGUGGUGUCGGAGAGGAAAGGAGAUUGAAAGAGAAGAAGUUGGACAGUCACUAACUUUGUGCUGUUCGAGUGAUGGAGCAAAAGGUGAAUCAUCAUCGUCAACCAUCGCAGAAGAAACUGCCGGAGCUUCUAAUGUUGUCGCUCCAUUAGCAAAUAUUCUUUUCCUUCCCCUUCCAGGAAAGCAUAUGAAGGAUCUAUCGUUCAACUUAGGUCUAGGAGUUGGUCUGGCUUUUCUGGUUGCUGCAACAAAAAAUGAAUACUGUAAAAUGAUGGAGCUGCAGGCACAAAUGGAAAUGCUUCUUAAAGAAGCUAAAGAUGGACUAUGUUUGAGAGAUGUAAUCUCUAAGCAGUCUGAUCCACAUGAUAAUGUCCCUUGUUUCACCGAAGAGUCACAUGAUGGUGGAAAGACGGAUUACCAUCUUUCUGUUCAAAAUUGUGCAUCAUUUCAGCAUCUGGUAGAUUCUGAAAUCACCAUGGAAUGUGAUGAGUUUUCAAAAUGUGAUACACCCACAGGAGAAGGUAUAGUGGGAAUGGAAAAGCUGGGGGCAGAGCUUGAAUCUGAAUUGGAGCUUAUGCAAAUCAAUUUGGAUACUGGUGUUUUUAUGAGGCAUCCACAAGAGCAAUUGAGAGAGGGAGAUGAUGAUACUGUUCCCUCUGGAAGCCAAAGUACAAGUUUUAUAGAAGUGGACAAUCUACAAGAUGCAGAUACUGAGGAUUACUAUGGAGUUUCUCCUACAGAGCUGGAGAGAAAGUUGCAUGAGCUACUGGAAGAAAGACAGCAAGAACGGAUAGCAGAGCUUGAGUUUGCUUUGGAAUGCACAAUGCACAAACUCCGUGAGAAAGAAAUGGAGGUUUCCUGGUGGAAGGACACUGCCCAGCUUCUCUCUCAGCAUGUCCCAGUAGCGACAUGCUUGUCAAGUCAAGUGCCAUGGUUUCAAAGAGCCAUUACAUCAAGAAAGUCUUGAUAUAGCACAUAUCUGUAAAUCUUUUGUUAAUCAUAUCUGGAUCUCUUGCAUCCUUUUUCUUUCCUCUAUUAUGCUGCUUUUUUUUUUGGUUGGGGGAUACGAUUUGUGGAAUAUUCACAGAAGGGGUAGUCAAUAGUGAGGCCGACGAGAAGAUGAGAAGAUGAUAAACAAUGGGGAGAAAUGAAAUUGAUUUCGUUGUAUAGGGUGUUGAUGCACUUCUCUUUCAGGUGAAAUUUAUCUUUGUAUACUUUGCAGCAUUUUUUAGGAUCCGUUUGGUUUACUGUUAGUA